AUGACGACCCCUGCACCCAGGAAGAAGCUGGAACCCAGAGCAGCCGAGUCUCCUCUCAUUGGAGACAGCUACACCAGUGAAGACCUCCCACCGCAGUCAAAAUGCCCAGACGGGAUACGCAGUCGGGUCAUGAACUCCACGAUUGGGGGGAAGUUUCUGCAGAACGUUCCGGUCCAGUUGUUGCUUAAACACAUCACUCCUGAGGAGCACCGGCGCCUGAGUCCCUACAAACCGGUCCACGGAUGGAGAAACGUGCCAUACGACACCGUGAGGGAAACUCUCGCUCUCCUCAGCUCUUCCCCUGACUGGAGGUUAUAUGACGACUGGCAGAAUCGCAGCGUGAACUCCCAGUGUAUCCGCUGUGCUGUGGUGGGGAACGGUGGGAUCCUGAAAAAUUCAAGGAAAGGGAAAGAGAUCGACAGCCACCACUAUGUUUUCAGGUCCAAUGGGGCGCUCUUGAAGGGCUUUGAGGCAGACGUGGGCAGUCGGACCACCCACUACACGUUCACAAGCACCACGCUGAGGAGGGCGUAUCAAUAUUACAGAAAACUGGGCUUCAGAGGACCCCCUCAGUCUGAGGAAACCCGGUACCUUCUGCUGCCGUCUGAUCAGUACGAUUACCUGCUGGUGAAGGCUGCAGUCACCCACACUGUGGUGGAGAGAGGGCCUGACAAGAGAAAGAAUCCAGCUGAUAUUUUUGGACCAAACUUGUCGGUGAAAAAAUUCAAGAUGCUUCAUCCUGAUUUCAUGCGUUACAUCAGGAACAGAUUCCUCCACACUAAACACCUGAGGAGAACUGUUGAUAUGUACCGUGUCAGCACAGGAGCUGCAACGCUGCUGACUGCCCUCCACACCUGUGACCAGGUGAGCGCGUACGGCUUCAUGACUCCGGACUAUGGCAGGUACUCCAAGUACUACUACGACAGGGCGCACCAGCCAAUGAGCUUCCAUCAAUACCACGACUUUAAGAUGGAGAUGAACCUCUGGCAGCAGCUCCACAAAGACGGACUCAUACGGCUCUACAUGCGCUAG